GCCAAGCCAGGCUACGGGAGGCGGCUUGACUCGGCUGCUACGCUGGACGACUUCCUAGUGCGCGUGCGCAGUAGCUUCACCUAGCGGGCACCGGCCAUGGCUGAGUGGACUCCUGCCCAGCCUUGGGAAUGGGAUGUGGAGCCCCAGCACCUGGCGUCUUUCCAGCCCCCUGCCCUCUUUGACCAAAGCGCCGAGAGAGAGAUCUACCCCACUGCCGAGAUCUCUCUGUGGACGGUGGUGGCCGCCAUCCAGGCUGUGGAGAGGAAGGUGGAUUCCUAUGCCACGCGGCUGCUCAACCUGGAAGGGAGGACAGCCACGGCCGAGAAGAAGAUAUUUGAGUGCGAGAAAACCGAGCUGGAGUUCAGUAACCACUUGGCUGCCCUGGGGACCCUGAUCCAGGAGUACGGGCUGCUGCAGAGGCGGCUGGAGAACAUGGAGAACCUGCUGAAGAACCGGAACUUCUGGAUCCUGAGGCUGCCCCUUGGCCCAAAGGGAGAGAUCCCCAAGGUCCCAGUGACUUUUGACGACGAUGCAGUGAGCUUCUCCACACAAGAGUGGGCCAACUUGGAGGAGUGGCAGAAGGAGCUCUACAGGAACAUCACCAAAGGAAACUACGAGCCACUGGUCUCUCUAGACUCUGCAGUUUCCAAAGCGGAUGUUUUGCCCCAGAGAGAACAAGCAGAACCUCCCCGUGCCGUGAAUCAGGAGUUCAUGGAGGAAAAGGGGUUCCCCACAGAGCCCAGAACAGAAGCAGAGCCGCCUUUGGCUUCCAAAGAGGAUCUCUUAUCCUGGAUUAAACAAGAAGAACCUCCUGGGAAGGGGAAGUGGGAUCUGGAGAGGGAGAUCCCCCCAGUUCUUGGCUAUGAUGACGGCACGAUGAUCAAGAGUGAGGAGCGGAACCGCCUGCACGGUCCCAACCCUGCCCUGCCCGGCCAUGGCCACCUGCCUGGAAUGCCCACCGAUGGAGUUUUCCAAGCCCCCAAGCCCGAAGUGAGCUGCGAGAGACUGGGCAGCCCUUGGGGGCAGCCAGCAGCCCACCUUGCACAAAGGCUGAUGGAGCCCCCGCAGGGCGAGAGAGGCGGGCACAACCUGGAGGCAGUCCAGUCUGAGGCCGGCCUCAAAGGAGAACCGUUCCAGUGCGCCCGGUGCAAGGAAGGCUUUGCUUGUGGGCAGCAAUGCGCCCUGCCUCAGAGGGGCCACGUGGGAGAAGAGGGGUACGGGGAAGGCGUGGCUAUGCCAGCACUCGAACCCGGCGCCCAGCAGGGCCCGCCCCCCGACCCCUACCCCUGCACAGACUACAGAGGCGGCUUUGGCGAGGAGCCCUUCUCCCCGGGCGUGGGGAGGCCUUACGCCUGCUCCCUCUGCCCCAAGAGCUUCCGGCUCAAGACCAGCUUGCUGAUCCACCAGAGGACCCACGCCACGGGGAAAAGCGACAGCGCCUUCAUCUGCCCGGAAUGCGGCUGUGGCUUCAGCCACCAGGGGCAGCUCACCCGGCACCAGGCCGUCCACGCCGACAGGCCGCACCAGUGCUCGGAGUGCCCCAAGGCCUUCAACCGCAAAUCCAGCCUGGUGGUCCACCAGAAGACCCACCGCGAGAGGCCCCGGCCCUUCCAGUGCUCCCAGUGCAGGAAGACCUUCAUCCGCAAGCAGCACCUGGACGACCACACCCGCACCCACACUGGGGAGAAGCCCUACCAGUGCCCCGAGUGCGAGAAGCGCUUCGCCGAGAAGUCCAAGCUGACCAACCACUACCGGAUCCACACUGGGGAGCGGCCCUACCGCUGCGGGCAGUGCGACAAGCGCUUUGUGCGGGCACACCACCUCGUGAAGCACCAGAGCAGCGUCCACCAGGCUGGCGCCAAGCUGUACGCCUGCCGGGAGUGCGGGCAGAGCUUCACCCACGCCCAGGCCUUCAUCAGCCACCAGGCCAGCCACGCCAACGGCGAGAGACGCCACCGCUGCAGCGAGUGCCUCAAGACCUUUGCCCGCCGGAAGUACUUGCUGGAGCACCAGCGCAUGCACACCGGGGAGAACCCCUACUCCUGCCUGCACUGCAGCAAGCGCUUCCGCUACAAGCAGUCCCUCAAGCAGCACCUGCGCAUGCACGGGGAGCAGCCGCAGCCACCGCCGCACCCCACGCCAAGCGCCGAGCAGGCCUUGGCCCUCGGCAGCACCUUCGAGAAGCCGGCUCUCUUCCCAGGCAACCCUUCCGAGGGAACCUGAAGCCGGGCCAGCCGUGAGCAGUGGCUGACUCUGCCAGACCCACAGGCACGCUGCGGGGCUGGAAGCAUGGACUCCCUGGAGAUUCAUCGGUGAGGUUCCCCUUUGGUUGACCGAAGGCCGUCUUGCAUGGAGCAUGCCCCACUCUUCCUGCGAGGACGCAUUCCUUGUCAGCCGUGACUGGAGGCUGUGCCGGGCAAGCCGUCCUCUGAGCGCUCCAGUCCGGACCCCAGAAACCAUCUUUUGUGCCAGAGAAAAGAAUUGGGGGCAGUAUUUUAGUAAGCCUGUGGAACUCAACACUUGGGGGCCGGGGUGGGGCAUUCAGACAACUGCUUAACUGUCUCAGCAUUCAGUCUUGGGCGCCAGGACACACGUCCCCCACGGACGGAAAUUAAGUCUCCCGGGGCGGGGGGGCAUGGAACGUCUCUGUCCGGUCAUCUUACACUCUGAACUAUGGGUGACCCAUAUUGAAAUCAAGAACCUUGUGGGGGAAGGGAGUGAUGCUGAACCAUUUUUCUGAGGCAGGGGUUCUCAUCCUUGGGUCCCAGAUGUUGGACUACAACUUCCAUCAUCCCCUGCCACAGUGGCCUUUGUGGCAGAGGGUGAUGGGAGUUUUAGUUGAAUAACAUCUGGGGACCUAAGGCUAAGAACCCGUUACACAGUGAUUCUCUGUCUGCAAACACACACAGGCAAACAUAGAAGUAAUUUCCUUCCCACCACCCAUGAGUUAGGAUGACUCACACUGUACCCUUGGAGAAAUCACACACACUCCCAGCCUAGCCUACCUUACAAGUUUGUUGUGAAGAUGAAAUAAGAACCGAUUAGCACUUUGUAAGCAGAAAGUGCUGCGGAACUGAUUAACAAUUAAUUCUGAAAAAGGGCAGGAAACAGGACCAUUGAGGUCUACCUGGGAAAUGCACACAGGAGCCCAAACCCAAAAGACACAGAGCUCAAGGGGAUCUCCUCAGCUGGCCACCAGCAACACUGAGUACUCCUGGAGUGCACAACUCUUACCCACUGGGGCUGGAUGCACUGCAGCUGUUCCAGGGAGCCUGGUAGGCAAUGAAGUCAGUGGCUUUCUGCCUCCUCUGCUCUGGCCUUUACCGAGAAUGGCUGGCAAGGGCCAUCCAAGUGCGCUCCUUCAUACUUCCGUGCCUGGGCUCUGCUCCUCACCAUUGUCCUUCCAGGAUCCUGACACCAUGCUCGGCCUCCUGCUUUCCUGCCUGGAUCCUGGUUGUGCCAAAAAAAAGCCUACCACCCCACUGGCCUUUCCCCUAGAACUUUGGUGUGUUUUUCUCUUCUUGUUUAAUAUGGCCUUUUGCACAGUUCCUGAUAGAUUUGAGUAGGUUAUCUUCAGUAUGUUUCCUUGUAUACGAGACCAUGGAACAGUCUGCUUGUCUGUCUUUUGGGGUCUCUCUCUCUCUCUCUUUUUAAUUUAGCUGGAUACAUGAGAUCUCCUCUCUGGGUUUUGAGAUUUCCUUCUAGUAUGUCCACUCUGCCGUUGAUGAGAGUCUGUCUUUUUCGCCAUGCACAUUUCAUUACGAUGAGGCAGUCUGCCAGUUCUUCCCGGCACUGGCGCAUUCCUCCAUUCCUCGCAGCAAGUCUGUAAUCAAAGAUGGUGCCUGGGAGAGCUUUGCAGCAGGACAGAGAAACCAAAGAUAGCUACAAGUCAGCUGCCACUUGAGAUGAGACAGGCCAGGCUGAGGGGCUCUGGGGGAUUUAAGGACCCAAAUGCAAUGGCAGGGCAGCAGGAUUGGGCCAUUUCCAUCCUGGGCUCAGUCAUCAGCACGGUCUGCACUGUAUCAAAGAAGCACACUGCAUUUGGGAGGCAGGCCUGGAACUUCCCUUCAGCAACUUCAGCUGCUAAUUGCUAGUAUACCUUUUAGCUAUUUUUAAAGUGAUGGGGGCAUUAAUAAAGAUUUUAUACCAUUCCUUUGGAUAA